CCUGAGGCUGAGGAGGUAAAGUUUAAUGAUGCAGAUCUUGACAAAUUUAUUCAGAAACUGAAUCUCAAGCAACUUAAGCGAUUUGAGCCAUUAAAAGACAAAGAUAUAAAGAAAUUCUAUGAUUUUGCUGGGCCCGAUUUCACUUGGCCUUCUACAAGUAAUAUCAAUGAGUGCUGUGCCAUAUACGAUUAUAUCACCGAUUCUGAUCCCCGUUUUCAAGAAGGCCAAGGGGAAGAAAUUGCAAUCAACAGGCUUGCAUACUGUCGCCUUAUUGAGUCUGGAAGUCUGGAUUCAUCUAAAGGAAAUUAUGUUCAUAUUGAACAUGAAAAAUUAGUGGGUUAUGGGACCAAGUUAUCAGUAAAGAAAUAUAAAGAGUUAAUAAACAAAAAUUCUGGUAUGUUAUACUCUCCGAUUGAGCAAGAGGUGGUUAAAAUAAGAUUCUCCUCCACUGCAAAUGUUAAUUUAAAGGAAUGGCAAAAGAAAAUUGAUCAUUCAGGGGCAACAGUAACUAUUAUACCAUAUUUUAUAAGAAUGAAGAUGAAAUACGAUUAUGGUUGGAAUACAACCCCAUCCAGCUUAAAUGGUUUUGGUUCAGAUUUGGAUGUUUUAAGAAUUCCCAACAACACCAUUGAUUGUGGUUUAGUAGGAUUUGAUGUAUUAAAUGCCGUACGCUAA